AUGCCCUAUACCCAAACAAAGGCCGGCUAUGAUCAGCAAGACAAAUUAAAUCGUAUUCACAAUGGUAAAUUUAAAAUCAAGUUUAUUCUACCAUUUUUUGUUCGUGUACGAUCUGUUUCUUGUAAUCAGAAUACUGUUGUGAUUCUUUUUGGCGCCGACUUGCUUCAAAACAAUUUUUAA